AUGAGUAGUGAAGAUAAACGAGUGAAGGUAUUCUUUGAUUUGACUGCUAACGGUGCUCCAAAGGGGCGUAUUGUUUUUGAAUUGUUCAACGAUGUAGUUCCAAAGACUGCUGAGAACUUCAGGGCAUUAUGUACGGGUGAAAAGGGUGUAUCAGAGAAGUCCGGAAAACCACUCACGUAUAAGGGCUCUUCUUUUCACAGAGUUAUUAAAGAUUUCAUGUGUCAAGGUGGCGAUUUCACACAUGGCACAGGUAUUGGCGGUGAAUCCAUUUAUGGGGAAAAGUUUGAAGACGAGAAUUUCAAGUUAGAACAUGACCAGCCCUUCUUGUUAUCUAUGGCCAACGCCGGACCAAAUACGAAUGGAUCACAGUUCUUUAUUACAACUGUUCCUACUCCGCAUUUGAAUGGAAAGCAUGUUGUCUUUGGUAAAGUCAUUCAAGGAAAAGGUAUCGUGAGACAGCUUGAGAGGUCAGAAAAAGGUGCAAAUGACAAACCUGUCGAAGAUUGGAUUAUAGCCGAUUGUGGAGAAAUAUCUGAUAAUGACAUAAAGGCUACCGCAGGAGCCGGCGAUGGAACUGGUGAUGUCUACGAAGAAGUUUUGGGUGAUAACGAUUUUGAUGUCAAUCAACCAGAGCUCGUUUUCGAGGCAAUUACAAACUUGAAAAAUAUUGGGACAAAAUUACUUAAGGAAGGAAAUUUGAAGGGUGCUUUCGAAAAAUAUUCUAAAGCAACCAAUUAUUUGGAAGAUUACUUGCCAGACGAUUUAUCAGAGAGCAAUCUCAACACCUUAUAUUCUCUUCAGCUUUCAUGUUACUUAAAUGUUUCAUUGGUGGCAUUGAAACUUCAAAACGGUAAAAAAGCUGUCGAAGCAGCAACUAAAGCCCUUGCCGUGGAGAACAUAGACGAUAAAUCUAAGUCAAAGGCGUUAUAUCGUAAAGGUAUGGGUUACCUGUUGGCGAAAGACGAAGAUUCAGCUAGAGCCUCUCUAGAAGAAGCAUUGAAAAUCCUGCCAAAUGAUUCUGCAAUAAUAGCUGGAUUGAAAGAGGUAAAAGCCAGACUGAAGGCCCGUCUUGACAAACAGAAGAAGGCAAUGGCUAAGUUCUUCUCUUAG